AUGCAGUGGGUCACUCUGGUAGUGGCCCUGGGGUGUGUGUGUCUGUCCCGGGCGUCACACACCCCCACCCCUACCCCCACCUCCACACACACCCCUCUAGUGGACAACUCCGAGGAGGAAGUGGACGAGCCGUGCUUCGAGCCGUGCACGUGCGAGGUCAAAGAAGGAGUGCUGCAUGUGCACUGUGAUGGGCGGGGCUUCACUAAUGUCAGUCAGGUGUCACAGUCGUGGGUUCGCCCUUUCAAACUCAACCUCCAGAGGAACUCUCUUAGGCGUCUCUAUAGCAACGGGUUUCAGCACCUUGGCAACGCUGUGUCGAUAAACCUUGGCAACAAUGCACUCCAGGACAUCCGAGUGGGAGCUUUCCAUGGGCUGGCCAAACUCAGACGUCUGUACCUCCACGAGAACAAGCUGGAGGUCUUCAGGAAUGACACCUUCGCUGGCUUAGAGGCUCUGGAAUAUCUCCAGGCCGACUACAACGUGAUCAAACGAAUCGACAGCGGUGCUCUGAGGUUCCUCUACAAGCUCCGGGUUCUCAUCCUCAAUGACAACCUGAUCCCUGUCUUGCCUGCUCAUCUGUUCAGAUCUGUGUCUCUGACUCAUCUGGACCUGCGGGGAAACCGUCUGAAGAGCCUGGCAUAUGCUGGGACCCUGGAGUACGUUGGUCGCUCCCUGAUGGAGCUACAGCUGGAGGAGAAUCCUUGGAACUGUGGCUGCGAGGCAUUGCAACUACAGCAGUGGCUUGGUCAGAUCCCCUACACGGCUGUAGUCGGGGAUGUUACCUGCGAAUAUCCCUUCCACCUUCACGGCAAGGACCUGAGGGAAAUCCCCCGCAAGGAGCUGUGUGCUGACCUGCCGGAUAAAGACCUACAAGGAGAGGGGGGUGGGCCAUCCACAGGAUCGCAGCCCCAACAUCUGCCCCCUAACUCUAAACCCAACUCACAUCAUGGGAGAGUCAGGCCAACUAAGCCCUCCUCUAUGGUGCAUGGCUCACGCCAGAACACUCAUACCUCCUCCACUUCGUCAUCCUCUUCCUCAGCGGAGCGUAAGGACAGAGAGAAGCACCCAAGGCCGACUAAAAGGCCUCGACCUUCCAGAAUAUCCCCCACACCUCGCAGUCUGAUGCCCAACCAGAACCCCCCCGUGGCUGGCUACCAAACACGGCCCCCCAUCCCUAUCAUCUGUCCCCUGGGCUGCACUUGCAACCUGCACAUCACAGACCUUGGCCUGACCGUCAACUGCAAGGAGAACGGCUUCCUCAACGUGUCCCAGCUCACACCUCGGCCCCUUAACGGCCGCAAGCUGUACCUGAGUGGAAAUUUAAUCCAGAGGAUCUACCGCACAGACUUCUGGAAUUUCUCCAGUCUGGACCUUCUUCACCUGGGGAACAACCGCAUCUCCUACCUCCAGGAAGGGGCCUUCUCCACCCUGACGAGCUUGAGAAGCCUCUACCUGAAUGGGAACAACCUGGAGAGGCUCAGCCCCCAUGUGUUCCUGGGGUUGCAGAAUCUGAGGUACCUUUAUUUUGAGUACAAUGAGAUCCGUGAGGUAGAUCCUGGGACGUUGGACUCCAUGCCUUCCCUCCAGCUGUUGUUUCUUAAUGCCAACCUGCUGCGGAGCCUCCCUCUCGGCGUGUUUUCAGGAGUUAAUCUGGCUCGUCUCAAUCUGAGAAACAACCACCUCCUGCAGCUUCCUAUGGAGGGUGUGUUGGAGCAUCUCACGGGACUGGUGCAGGUGGACCUGCAGCAGAACCCAUGGGAGUGCAACUGUGAAGCAGCUCCACUGAAGCGUUGGCUGGAGGGGCUGAGUGCGGUGGUGGUGGUGGGAGAGGUGGUCUGCCAUUCCCCGGAAAAGACCAAGGGUGUAGACCUGCGCUCCCUCUCCAUGGAGCUGCUCUGUCCUGAGCUGGAGCCCCAGGAGGACCAGGAGCAGGAGGAGCAGACAGCCACCUCCACAGCUGCAGACAGAGGUGUAUCGGUUGGCUACCCCGGCUCAGGGCAGGGCCCCCUGAUCCCUCCUGGGAAGGAUUCAAUCCCUCUGUCGGUGUUGGUGCUCAGCCUGCUGGUGUUGUUUGUCUCAGCAUUCUUCGCGGCAGCGGCACUAAUCGCCUACGCCCUGAGGAGGAGGGACAAGCUGCCGUUCCGUCGCCAGGGAGAGGUAGACUUGGCCGGCAUCCAGAUGGAGUGUGGAAUCUUCACUGAGCAGACACACCACCACCACCACCAUCACCACCACGGCCUCCCAGAGACGCCACCUCUACAUCCACCGGAACACAAUCACGUCUACGACACCAUCUUGCCGCCUGAGGCUGCUUCAAAAGGUCCCAACCCAACUGCAGCCACGCACAUGUGUAGCAACCCCAUCUACAAAGAGGAUCAGGACACCACGGUGAAACAGCGACCACGGCAGCAGCAGACGUUUGCAGCUUCCAAAGACAGCGAGGGAGGAUACUGCUCUGCAGCAGAGAAGGAGAGGGAGUGGACUCUAGACGUGUCCUCAUCACCCAUCAACACUGUUACAGGAGCGAUGGGACCGCUUGCAGGCCUUCACGGGAACGGCAUCCUCUGCCCCACAGUGAUCGACAGCCAAGGACCCACCCCUAAAGUCGAACCAGUGGACUGCUUCUUCAGACUCCCCGCCCCGGAGUUCAAAGACCUGCCAGACAGGUACGCAAGGCCGCCGCCCCGCUACCCCCACCCCCAAGACUCCAAACAGGACACCAGACCCGACCAAACGCUCGUGGUCACCACUGUCAGUUCCACAACAGGUGGUAGUAACAGCAGCCAGAGCGAGCAGGGAGCGGGAGAGCAGAGAGCCAGACUGAGGACCACACCAGACUACAUGGAGGUGCUGGACCGUUCUUACCAGUUCUAA